AUGGAAUUUCAACCUUCCUUUUUGGUUAUUGCCUCAUUACUCAUCUUGGUGAUUUGGCUUUCAAAGAUUUGUAAGCAGAAAGUCAAAGGGGAGAGUGUGGUUCAUAAUAAGAUACCCCCAGGGCCACGGAAGCUGCCUCUAAUAGGGAACCUGCAUCAAAUGGCAAGAGCAGGCACACUUCCACAUCAUACUCUUCAAAAUCUAGCCCACAAAUAUGGACCCUUAAUGCACCUCCAACUUGGGGAAAUUCCUGCAGUGGUUAUAUCAUCCCCCGAAAUGGCCAAGGAGGUGAUGAAGACACAUGAUCUUACUUUUGUUGAUAGGCCACAACUCCUUUGUCCUCAAAUUCUGGCCUAUGGAUCAACGGAUAUUGCCUUUGCUCCCUACGGUGAUUACUGGAGACAGAUGAGGAAAAUAUGUACCUUAGAGCUUCUCAGUGCCAAAAGGGUUCAAUCAUUCUCCUAUAUCAGAGAAGAUGAGGUGGCUAAGCUCAUACGAUCCAUUCAUCUGUCUGCAUCUGCGGGUUCACCAGUCAAUGUUAGUAAAAGUGUUUUCUCUUUGGUAAGUACUUUUGUUACAAGGGCAGCGUUUGGCAAGAAAUCUGAGUAUGAAGAUGAGCUUUUGACUUUGCUCAAGAAAGCAGUGGAACUAGCGGCAGGCUUUGAUCUCGAUGACUUGUUCCCUUCAAUGAAACCUAUUCAUCUCAUUACUCGGAUGAAAGCUAAAUUGGAGAACAUGCAAAAGAAGCUGGACAAGAUUUUAGAACACAUUCUCAAGGAGCACCAAUCAAACCAUGACAACAGUGAAGCAAAAGAAACUCUCGUUGAUGUUCUUUUGCGCGUGCAACAAAGUGGAAGCCUAGAGAUCCCAGUCACACUCAACAACAUCAAAGCCGUGAUAUGGGACGUAUUCGUUGCUGGGUCUGAUAGUUCAUCAACAAUACUUGAGUGGGCUAUGUCAGAGCUGACGAAAAACCCAUUAGUGAUGAAAAAGGCACAAACUGAAAUAAGAGAAGCUUGUAGAGGAAAGAAAAUAAUUAGCGAGGCAGAUCUACAUGAACUUGGGUACUUGAAGUCAGUGAUCAAAGAAACCAUGAGGUUACAUCCACCUGCUCCUUUGUUGCUGCCAAGGGAAUGUAGAGAAGCGUGCAAGAUAGGUGGGUAUGAAAUACCAAUGAAGACUAAGGUGAUAGUAAAUGCUUGGGCACUUGGAAGGGAUCCUAAGCAUUGGUAUGAUGCGGAGAAGUUUAUACCUGAGAGAUUUCAUGGGAGCGGUGUUGAUUUUAAUGGGAAUAAUUUUGAGUACAUUCCUUUUGGGGCAGGGAGGAGAAUCUGUCCUGGCAUUUUACUUGGUAUAGCUAAUAUUGAGCUUCCACUUGCUUCAUUACUCUAUCACUUUGAAUGGGAACUACCCAAUGGAAUCAAACCAGAGGACUUGGAUAUGACUGAAACCUUUGGAGCUGUUGCAGGAAGGAGAGACAACCUAUUUUUGAUUCCAACUCCCUAUAAUAACUUUUGA